AAAAGCAUAUAACAUUGAAAUCAUGCGUGGAACAACGAACCCUCUUGUUGUUGGACGUAUAAUAGGAGAUGUUGUGGAACCAUUUGCAUGUUCCAUCCCUAUGAGAGUUGUCUACAACCAUAACAAAGAAGUCAUCAACAGUGGUGAGCUCAAACCCUCCCAAAUAAUCUCCCAUCCGAGAGUUGAGGUUGGUGGAGAUGAUCUCAGGACCCUUUACACUUUGGUCAUGGUGGACCCUGAUGCACCCAGCCCAAGUAACCCAACUAUGAGGGAAUAUCUUCACUGGUUGGUAAUCAACAUUCCAGCGACAACAGGGUCAAACUUUGGAGAAGAGAUUGUGAGCUACGAAAGUCCAAGACCGACAUCAGGGAUUCAUCGUUUAGUGUUCGUGUUGUUUAAACAACCUGGUAGACAAUCCAUACAUGCUCCUGGGUGGCGUCAAAAUUUCAUCACCAGAGAUUUCGCCGAAUAUUACAAUCUUGGAUCACCAGUUGCUGCUGUCUUUUUCAAUUGCCAGCGUCAAUCUGGUUCUGGCGGAAGGAGGCUCAUCUUAUAA